GCGAGCUAAUAUGAAGAGUGUGCUGUGUCUCGGUGACCCGAGAGCGAGCAGGAAGUUGCAGCUCGUGGUGUUGUUCCACUCUGGUGUCAUCAAUGCUGCUUUCAUUCUUCUUCGCCGGGCCAAGAUGGAUGUCGUACAAAAGGAGCGCUGGUACUUCAUGGUACUUCUUCUUCUCGCUUCUCUUAAAGGGGCGUGUCCAGGUGCUGUCCAAGACAAAGAGACGAUCACCAUCCACCUUCAGGAAGGGAUGCUACUCGACUGCUUGUGUCCGUGGGAUGCCAACCUCACUAUGGUGUCUUGGACCAAAGACCCAGACCCGAACUCCAUCGCUGUUUUCCACCCCGAGUACGGAGUAGCUACUACUUAUCAUUACCGGAACCGUAUCGAGUUCUUGAGGACCACGCCGAUGGACGGAAGUAUAACCAUGAGGAACGUCACCCACCAGGACAUCGGAGUUUAUCGCUGCUCUCUCCAGACGUUCCCACAAGGCCCCUGGAACCGAAUCAUCCAAGUGGAGGACUUAGACGAACCGCCCGCAGACGAAGCAGAAGAAAACGCUGCGGUCAUGGAGGCCGACGCUCACCUGACGGCGGCGCCUAGCAACAACCUGACCAUUGAGUGCAGCCAUGGGCACAACGGCACCGUUCUGCAGUCGGUGGUGGAGCACAUGGCGUUGGGUCACCCGUGGGCGAUCGUCGGCAUAUGCAAGCGCGUGGAGGGCGGCACGCUGAGCGAAGACUACAGCGAGCGCGGUCACGUCAGCUGCGAGGACAGCCUGGACGUCAGUCUGCACCUGACGGCCGUGGUGCAGGAAGACGGCGGCUUCUACCGCUGUAGCUUCAGCACGGACGCUGGCCUGAAGACCAGCACGGUCAUGGUCACAGUGCCAGCUACUGGUGGCUUCAGCCUGUCCGUGUACAUGAUGUUUGUUUACUUGGGGACAGCCACUGCUGGACUCAUCCUGCUGACGAUCCUGACCAUCAUCCUGCUGAGGCGCAGGAAGAAGAGCAGGACAGAGGAGGUGAGGGAUAAGCUCCACCCAUCUCACACACAAGUGCGUGUGUCUCCAGAGAGAUGGCGGCGCUGGUGGGCGAGAGAGCUUACAUGCACACAAGUCUAUUGAGACCACAUGCAAGUGAAGCGCAGUGAUGAACUCGGCAGCCAUCUUUGUAAUUCUUCACCCUCCCUCUCUCGUGUGUGAGCAAC